UUAGGGCCCCAGUCUCCAGUCCACACAGAGGCAUCUGGAUGUGCCCUGUCAGAGGACCUGCUGUGUCAGGCUUUUUCGAAUAUCUUGCUUGAUGUGGAAGAUGUAGAUGAGGAUGAUGGUACUGAUCCAACCCUCUGCAGCGCCUAUGUGAAAGACAUCUACAAGUAUCUGAGAGACCUUGAGGAAAAUCAACCUGUCAGACCCAAAUACCUGGCUGGCCAGGGAAUCAAUGGGUACAUGCGUGCUGUGCUAAUGGACUGGCUUGUACAAGUACAGAUGAAAUUCAAACUCCAGCAGGAGACAUUGUACAUGGCAGUUGCUAUCACCGAUCUCUACCUGCAGGACAAUGUGGUUCACAAGACUAUGCUGCAGCUAGUGGGUGUCACAGCUCUUCUCAUAGCCAGCAAAUAUGAAGAGGUGUUUCCCCCUCAUAUUGGAGACUUUUCCUAUAUAACUGAUAACACUUACACAAAGCUUCAAAUCCGCGAGAUGGAGAGGAAGAUCCUGCAAGCCCUGGACUUCAGUCUGGGUCGCCCUCUCCCUCCGCACUUCCUAAGGAGGGCUUCAAAGGUUGCAAAGGUGAACUCCAAGCAGCUUGCUCUGGCUAAUUACCUGAUGGAGUUGUCUGUUGUAGACUACGAUAUGGUUCAUUUCCCUCCAUCCAAGACUGCAGCAGCUGCUUCCUGUUUGGCUCUCAAACUCCUCGGUGGAUGUAAGUGGACACCAACUCUGCAACACUACACAUCUUACACAGACAGUGACCUUCUUCCAGUUAUGCGGCACAUGGCAAAGAAUGUACUACUUCUGAAUGAUGGCAUUAGCAAGCAGAGGGCAAUCAAGAACAAAUAUGCCAGCAGGAAAAAUGUCAGGAUAAGCACCAUUGAACAGCUGAGCUCUUCUACCAUACGGGAUCUAGCUCAACCUCUAAUUAGAAAUUUUUAG